AUGGGGAGAGAGAAUGCCUACUUUGCCAUUGUUGUGAUCGAUUACUUUACAAAAUGGGUCGAAGCGAAGCCGUUGGCCAAGAUCACCGAGGUAAACACUUCCAAAUUUCUCUGGAAGAACAUCAUAUGCAGAUUCGGCAUACCCUACUUCGUGGUUUCAGACAAUGGGGCAUGGGUUGAUGAACUCCCUCAAGUUUUCUGGGCCAUACAAACCACCUACAGAACAGUAACUGGAGAGACCCCAUUCUCCAUGACGUACGGGGCCAAAGUCAUGAGCCCAGCGGAAGUCGGAGUGCCCUCCCCUCGUCGCAUCCACUUCUACGAAAUAAUAAACGAUGAACUGAGAAAGUUUGAGCUUGAACUCCUCGAAGAAAUUAGGGACGAUUCUCAAAUCAGAUUUUCCUCCUACCAACGCAAAAUGAUGCGUUGCUACAAUGCUAAGGUGAAGAAAAGGGCUUUUCGUAUUGGCGACCUGGUACUCCGUAGAACAUUCCCAUCAACAAAAGAACUAGGAACCGGAACCUUGGUGCCGAAUUGGGAAGGUGAACAUGCCCACGAGGGGCCAUCUCAACAAAGGAUACCCACUUCAUUAGGGGAGGUGCGGGUGCCACCUUCGACGAAACGGACCAAUAGUUAUCACAUUCUUACUCCUUGCUUGGUUGAACACGCCCACGAGGGGCCACCUCAACAAAGGAUACCCACUUUAUUAGGGGAGGUGCGGGUGUCAUCUCUAACGAAGCGGACCAGCAAUGUUUUCACAUUCUUACUCUUUGCCGAGGUAACAGACCUGCAAGGGAUCACCUCACCCAUGGUUAUAAUUGGAUUCCAUUUGGGUCAUCCAUUUGCUCAAGUGGUUAUGCUUAAGCGAAGUGUUUAUACUUGGACUCAAUUUAGGUCAUCCAUUUGCUUAAGUGGUUAUGCUUAG